CAAGUGCAAGGCGGAAGGAAGGGGAAGGCAAAAUCAAAAAAUGAAAAUCCAUUAUCUUCUUUGAGGGAGAGAGAUAGGGUUGGACUCUUGAAACUUGGAAGUUGAAAACUUUGUCAUGCCCAAAUCAAACUAAGACACCCCAAAUCCGGGCCAGCUUUCACGGAUUCUUCUCCACCUCAACACCUUCUUCUGCUUGUCUUUAAUCUCUUGGUGAAAAAAAAAAAAAAUUGCUUCAAUUAUUGGCAGGUGGUGGUGGAUUAAAGUUUGAAUAUUUAAGCGUUUGAACUCAAAAUCUCAUCUGGGAAUUGGGCAGUUUUCUAUUUUCUUCCCAUUGGGGUUAUUGCAGUUCUUGGGUAAUUUAAUUGACACUUGAGGAAAGUGACACAAUUCGGGAAAAAUACCAUGAUAUUGAUCCCAAUCUGAGAGUACCAGCUUUGACAUUUGAAGAAGAAACAUGUCUCCUGGAGGUCGCUUCUGUGAAGAUGUGACCGAGUCUUGUAUGGCAUUUGCAGAUACUGAUGUUGCAACUUCCACUGCUGAUCUAAGGGCUUCCCCUUUCAGAAAAGCUGCUGCUGGUUUGAUUGGAAAUCCUGGACUGCCACCAAAUAGUAAUGUGCAUGAUCUACUCGAGUGUCCUGUUUGCAUGAGUUUAAUGUGUCCUACAAUUCACCAGUGUCCAAAUGGCCAUACUCUUUGCUCGAGCUGUAAGGUCAGAGUGCACAACUGUUGCCCCACUUGUCGAAACGAACUUGGAAAUAUAAGGUGCUUGGCACUGGAGAAAGUAGCAGAGUCUCUGGAUCUUCCUUGUAGAUACCAAAUUUAUGGUUGCCAAGAUAUAUUCCCAUACUACAGCAAGCUAAAGCAUGAGAAAAUCUGUAACUAUCGUCCGUACAGCUGCCCUUAUGCUGGAGCUGAAUGUUCUGUCACUGGAGAUAUCCAAUUUCUUAUGAUGCAUCUUAAAAAUGAUCACAAGGUCGACAUGCAUGACGGGAGUACUUUCAACCACAGAUAUGUUAAAUCCAAUCCCCAAGAAGUUGAAAACGCUACAUGGAUGUUGACAAUUUUCAACUGUUUUGGCCGUCAGUUUUGCUUGCAUUUUGAGGCAUUCCACAUUGGAACCGCACCGGUUUACAUGGCAUUCCUAAGGUUCAUGGGCGAUGAUGAUGAGGCGAAGCAAUUCACUUAUAGUCUUGAAGUCAGUGGCAGUGGUAGAAAGCUCAUGUGGCAAGGAAUUCCUCGGAGUAUCCGAGAUAGCCACCGAAAGGUCCGUGACAGUCAAGACGGACUAAUUAUUCAGAGGAACUUAGCACUCUUCUUCUCGGGUGGUAGUAGGCAGGAGCUGAAGCUGAAAGUCGCCGGCCGUAUAUGGAAAGAACACUGAGAUAUAAAAACUAGAAACUUGUUCAAAGAUGUUGUAACCUUUUACUGCGAAAAAUAAAAAGGUUGGAAGGAAUUGAGGGAGCUCUAUGUAAAAGGCCGGAUAUUUUUUGUGCUUGAUAAAAUUUAUUGAAGAUCUCUAUUGUUGAGUCUUGAUGUGCAUCUCCUGUGUUCUUCUGUCGGCACGUAAAACGCAAGACUUGUAACUCAAGUUGUUAAGAGCAUUUAUCGUUGAACUCUACAUUUGGUA